CAUGGUUCGUAUAUGAAGGAGGUGAAUCGUCUACCGAGAGAUGCCGUGUCUUCUUGUAGUAUUUUUUUUCCUAACCCACCGCUGCGGAUUUCUCUAUUGAGAUCGAUUUAGUAUAAUCAUCCGAAACCUUUGAAUUUAGUUCAUCAAUUGAUCCUUUGUGUUAAUUUUGAGGUAAUUGACAGUUAAUUAGCAGUAGCAGCAACCACCGAGCAGGAGAUCAUUGAAAAAGACAUGUUUUUGAGAAGCCAUGCCAAAAGGUUAAGGGAAUACCGUGAGAACUUUAUGGACGAUGAAAUGGGGGAAAUGAGGCACAAGAAAUGUCAAGCCAGACUUUCUCGAGAGUUACUCAUUGAAGCUGCCGAGAAGUUGGGUGUCAGUCCGUCUAGCACGGAAGAAAAGUCUGUCGAGAAGGAUACUGUUGAAAGAGCACUCUCAGAAGGUGUUACUUUGGAGAAGGUUGCAAGUGAAGAGAUCGCGCCUGUAAAGUUGACUGAUGUCGUAGUCCGUACCAACGGGAUAUGUAAAGAUGAAGAUAUCAUCGGCACCCUUGAAGCACAUUUAAACGAGUUCCAAUUUUUAACCUCCAGGGCCAAUUUCCAGAUAAAGUUUUUGCAUAAGAAUGUAAGCAUGCUUUCAUCCAUCUCAGUAAGGACGGUAUGCCGUUCUUGCACUACCACUUGUACCACGACAUCAUGGUGGGGACUGAGAAAACGAAGGAUAUCCAAUUUCAUGGGACGCAGACCUUCAGGAAGAAUCCUGCUCGCGAUUCAGAUAAUAUUGAGAAAGAGAACCAAAACAGGGACAUGGAUAUUAUCAAUGUUUUCGAGGAAUUUAUCUACAGAGUCGAUUUUUAUAUAUGGGACAGUCUGAUGCCCAUUAUCUUGCCGAUUGAUCCACUUCACGCCAGGUACGAAUUUGAUGGGAAUCUUCCCCAGAAGGGGUUGGUUAAUCUUGCCCUGACUCCACAUUGCCUAAUUGAGCUCUUAGAAGCACCUUUCCUCGUAGUCUCACUUAGAUAGGUCGAGAUCAUUCAUCUGGCGGUUGGAGUCGACCAUGUUGACAUGACAGUUGUGUUUAAGGACUUUAAGCGUGGUGUGCUUCAAAUCCAGUCGAUUCCCAUAAAAAGGCUCAACGGCAUCAGGGAGUGGAUUGGCAUAGCAGACGUCAAGUACUACUAUGUGAGCACCCAGAGUCCAAAGUGGGGCAGCUUACUGGAAGGAAUCACAAAGGACCCACAAAGUUUAAUAAACGCCGGUGGCUGGGAGAUCCUUGACCCCCUGGCUGGUAUUGACUCUGACUCUGAUGCUGACGACUUAGACUUUGUUUAUGGAGAGUAUCUUCAGGGGUCAAUUGAGUACAUCUGAUGGGUGUUAGAGGAAGAGAGUUACGGCAACUGGUCGAGUUGAAAGCAAUGAAUCAGAUAGUGGGAGCGUUGGAGAGUAAACUGGAGGAAGGCCCUGUUUAACUUUAUUUUACUGUUUCACCUUGCUUUAUGUAAAUUGUAGUGAUGUCUGAGACUUGAACAAAGCAGUGGAGAGAACCAAGUAAAACUAUGAAAUUAUCGUUGUGGCUCUAGUUUCUUUGGUUCAUUUUAUUUUGUUCUUACCGUGUUCACAGAUACUUAUUUGCCGACAUUUUUUGUUUUAAAGGACUGGGGUAAUCUUUUUAAAUGGUA